AUGAAGCCUACGCGUAUGCUACAUGCACACGAAAGCUGUGAGGAAACACCGCGUACCAAAUAUGAGAACUUCGGUGCUGGUAACUCCUGCAAGAAGGAGGAUAAGAUGUCAAUUCGUUUUCUGACGUCGCAUAUGAGCAUUUAUCCCGCUACGGGCUCCGGAUCUAAAAGCCAGAUUGUUGAUGGUCACAACGUACAGCAACCGCAGCAAAUCCAGCAAAUCCAGCAAAUCCAGCAAAUCCAGCAAAUCCAGCAAAUUUAA